GGGGGGAAGGCCUCCUAGAGCGGGUGUGGUGGAGCCCGGUGGUGAAACAAGGGGAAAAGCCGAGGCUGGGCCGGCUUCUUUCAGCGCCGGUAACGUGAGGGGGUGUGGGGGGAGGGGGGAGGUUGAGAUCGGGGACUGAAGCUUAAUUUCCUGCAUACCUCGCUGUUAUGGUCCCUAACGGCAGCUGAUGUCUACGCAGAAGCUGUUUGUGGUACUGUAGUGUAAGGGGAAAAAGGCCUCGCUUGCCGGGGUUAGCACUGUGCAGCAUAUUCGAUUGUCGUGCCUCGGUUACUUCGGUUAUACUUCGCAUUGUAUUCGCUUCCAUUGUAUCGCAGUAGGAUGUAAGGAAAAGCAUUCUCGGGUGUGUUUGGAGCUGGGAGGUGUGCACGCACGCUCAGCAACAGGUGCACGUUGCUGUGUAUGGAAUGUGCCAGACUUGCAGCACAGGCUGUAAGGAUUGCAUGGAGAAUCUCGCUGAGGUAACUGUAGGCCGAGGAUUAGAUCUCACGUACCAACUGGUGUCAAAAACCUGUCCUUUGAUGAUUUCUCGUAAGCACUGUGUCUUCCAGCAAAAUGCAGAAGGGCAGUGGACUGUUAAGGAUAAUAAGAGUCUAAAUGGAGUUUGGCUUAAUAAGCAGCGCCUGGAUCCUUCAAAAACCUAUCCUAUAGCAGAAGGAGACCGUAUCCAGUUGGGAGUGCCUUUGGAAAACAAAGAGACUGCAGAAUACGAGUAUGAAGUAAUUAAAGAGGAGUGGGAGAAAAUCAGACCCUUUUUAGCCCAAAGGAGUGACCUGGGGAAAGCUAGGAGCUCAAGAUCUAAACGUAAAUUUACUUCAGAGGAAUCGGAGACGUCUGGAUCAGAAGGCCCUUCAAAUUCCAGAUCCAAAAGGGACAGAGUGUCAUGUGAUGGUGAACCUUUGAGUAAUCUGUUGGGAAGAGUAGGGGAGGCAAAACAGUUGACAGAUAAGGUGGAUGUCAAGCUGCCCUCUCCCGGAUCAAGUGAGGGCGAUGGCGGUCUGGUGCGUGGUAGCCUUGAUUGCUCUGAGAAAGCUGUGGCUAUUGCUCACGAGGACCAGAAACACUCUGCUCUUUCUCAGUCAUGGACUGACCUGGAAAACCUGAGGAAAACUCUCAUAGAUAUAAAGAAGUUAAAAGUCAAAGUGCAGGAGAAACAGACAGCAGUUCUGACUGCGAAGCAGAAGCGCAGGAAGGCUGCUCAGAAGACGAUCCUAGCAAUGGAAAAGGAGCUGCAAGAGUUGCAGGACAAGCUGCGCACAGAACAAGUACAGCAUCAGCAGCAGGUGGAAGAGCUGGAGAGGACAUUCUGUAAAGAGAAGCAGAAGCUAGAGGGAGUAAAAUGGAAAGAUGGGGAAGAGAAUCUGAAGGAGCAGCUGGCCCAGGUUCUGCAAGAGCAUCAUGCUCUGAUGGAAGAACUGAGCCGUAGUAAAAAAGAUUUUGAGGAGAUAAUUCGAGCCAAGAAUAAAGAACUGGAGGAAACCAAGGUGGAGAAGGAAAAGGUGAGAGCCCAAAAAGAAGAAGUGUUGAAUCAGAUGAAUGAUGUGUUAGAGAAUGAGCUGCAGUGCACAAUCUGUUCUGAGCACUUCAUUGAGGCAGUCACUCUGAACUGUGCUCACAGCUUCUGCUCCUACUGUAUAGAUGAGUGGACAAAACGCAAAGUGGAAUGCCCUAUCUGCAGGCAGGAGAUUAAGUCAAAGACACGCUCUCUGGUGCUGGAUAACUGCAUUGACAGGAUGGUAGAAAAUCUGGAUGUGGAAAUGAAAGAGCAUCGCCUGACCCUGAUCAGAGAGCGGAAAGAGAAACGGGACAUGUUGGUGAACCCAGCCGCAGACAAUGACAGCAGCAUCAUUCCUUCCAUCUACUCCAUCUUGUCAAUCAGCAGUUGUGACAGUGAGGACUCUGAGGAGGAUUUUUACUAUAAUGGAAUCUACUGCGUUAUCUAAACAGUGUAACUGCAGGCUGCUUUGCCUGCGUACUGACCAGAAACAACCUAAUGGAAUUUGGUUUACUACUGCUGGAUGAGUGGACUGGGCAUCUGGAAGGAGAGAUUCUGUGAAGAAGCUGGAACUGGAGCUGAGAACUAGCAACAUUUGGAAGAGUGACCUUAUUUUUUAACAGAAUGUACAGACCCUUGUUCUCUCAAACAAGACUGGGACUAUGGGAGAACAAACUGUUAUUAUGCUAGAUGGUUGACAUAUAAAACCUAGGUUUCCAGGAUCACUUCUAACAUACUCAGUGUGGUGUAAAUAUUUGAAUGCAUCACUGCUGUUGAAUGACGCGUUUAAAUGUGUGUACCAGUUUCCCUUACUUCAUCCAGCAGGGAGCAUAACAAAAGAUGUUUGAGAACUUGGUCAUUUGCACCAGCUAACAGGAGAGGUAUAUUAGAAAAGCAUACCAACAUGGGUUUUCCUCUUGAUUUUCAUGUCAGCUGGAGUAAUCCUAGGGCUUUCUGGCCGUUAAAUUAAAGGGUGGGUUAUGGACCAUGUCAGCCUUAAGUGCUUAAAUAUAAAGUAAGGUGAGCUGCUGGCUUGUUUGUUCAGUUGAUGUUACUCAUUUUCUGUCGGACGGGGAUAGAGAAGAUUAAAUCUUCUAGAAUUCCUUAGUUUGUGCUUUUUUCAUACAGCACCUUUGGUUUGUUCCCUGCGUAAAGGGUUUUAGAACUGUGAAACAACGCAUCCAGAAGUUAUUAGCAGUGACUUCAGAAAUACUUUUCAGUUCUUGUCGGCAGCAGAGAGUAAUCUUGGCCUCUUCAUUAAGUACUACUUCUACCUGAGUGAAUUAAACGUGCUGUUGACAGGGUAGUUAAGCAGCAUCUGUAGGCAACCCCGAGUAACUACUUAGUUCUGUUGUUUACAAAACACUGCUAUUGAGCUGUGGCUUUGCUCCCCUCAGAGUUCAUCUCUAAGACAAAGCGAGUCUCGCCUCAUCCUAUCACAUCUAUGAAAUAAUAUGAAAUUGUCUAUGAAAUUCCAUUUUCAGUGGCAUAUGUUUUUUGACUUAGCUUUUACAUGGGCCUGUUACGUCACUGUUAGAGGAGGAUGAGGGAAGCCCUCAUUUGUAAUAUUUAUUUGGCUAUUUGUACGUACUUUUCUUGUUUCUGUGUUUAUUUUGCUGAAGAAGGAAAAUAUAAAUCCCUUUGUGCAUUAGUCUUCCUUGAUGCAAGCACUGAGAUAAAUGUCUUUCUCCUAGUUAGCGGUGAAUGUAUUGAGAAAACCCCGAUUGUUUCUUUUUAAUGACUUUGCUUCACGUUUUCAUUGCUGUAAGUAGUUUGACUGUUCUCAAAUUAUUUGAAACACUGUAUGCAGGAAUUGAUAAAAGAUGUCCUAACUCUUCAAGCCUGUGUUAGCAGUGGCUAUCUUACCCGUAGUUUAGAGCAUACAAUUGUAUCUCCUGUUUCCUCCUACUAAAGAAAGACGCCAUUAAAAAGGUGCAUGAAUGAUAAUGCUUUCCUAAGAAAGUAGUGCAUUCUGGCAGAUUUGAGUGGUAAGACUUAAAUAAGGGAAAAUUAUCUGUUGUGUGGGCCAGGCAACUUUCUUAAUGUCUUAAUGUGAGGUUUCUCUGGUGAAGGAGCUGUUACAUCUUGAAUUUUCCCUAUGUCCUUUUAGUGUUCUAAUAUGCACGGGCUCUUGAAAAUUUCCUUUGUACAUUCAUGCUCUCUAGAAUGUCUGAGAGAAGAGGGCUGCAAAAAACACUAAUGAAAUACCCUGACAUUGGAACAGAAAUUCCUGUUGAAGAGAAGGAGAAGAAUGUUGUGGUUUCCUAGGACUGCAAAUUCUUGGUACUGUGUACCUCUUCCAUGUUGCUUUGCUUUAUUAUUUUAUUUUUUAUUUUCCCUGUUUCAUUUUGCUAAAUACAUUUAUUUUCUCA